AUGAAGCAAAAGAUAGUGAUCAAAUUGUGCAUGGACUGUGAAAAAGCCAGAUCGAAGGCAAUGAAGAUUGCUGCCGACGCUCAUGGCGUGAUCUCGGUGGCGGUAGAAAUAGACAAGAGCCAUCUGGUGGUGAUCGGGGUUGGAGUCGACGCAGCUUCCUUGACGGGGGCGCUGCGGAAGAAGUUCUCUCAUGCCACCAUCGUCAGCGUUGCGAAAGAGAAGGAAAAAGAAGAUGAGAAGAAGCCAGUUUGUUGGGAGCAGAAGCCGCUUUGUUGGGAGCAGAAGCCGCUUUGUUGUGCUCAGUACCCUACUUGUAGGGUGGUUUACGAAGAAGACCCGGGUUGUACCAUCAUGUGA